AUGUCCAAAAAAGAAAGUCUAGAUGAUUCGAGAUUUCAUAUCCCAAAUUCACCUUAUCAAUCAAUUUGCUUGGAUUCUUCAAGAGAGAUAGAACUUACCACACUUGGAGAUUUCUCAGAUACUGAUCAUGCUCCUAAAUAAAUGGAGGAAAACCUCUUUACUCAGUAGAACUCUAUUAUUCAGUAAAAUCAAAACGAAAACAAAUAGAAAUUUGAUCUGGCAAGAGCAAAGGGGUUUUUCUUUAUGGUAAUCUCAGCUUUAAUGACCACAUGCAUGAACUUGAUAAUCAAAUAUUAGGCUAAAAAUACUAAAGUCAAUGCCAUUCAGGCUGUCAUAAUGAGAAGUUUGUUUCUAGCGGGAGGAUCAUACAUCCAUCUAAAAAAGGAUAAGCUCAGUAUUAUUGGAAUUCCUCAAAAAUUGUGGUGGUUAAUCGUAACUAGAGGAUUAUUCGGAUUGUUAUCUACAAUCAGUCUGUAUGCUGCACUAGACUAUCUACCACUAUCUUAAUGUAUUACUGUAUACUAUACACAGCCUAUAUUUGUAGCGAUUGCUUGCUACAUAUUUUUAGGCGAGAAAUUAGCUAAGCUUGAAAUAAUAAGUGUCUUCUCUGCUAUGUUUGGAGUUGUCUUACUUACUUAACCCCAAUUGAUAUUUCCUUCGCUUGUAUAAGAAAAUCAAACUUCAGAAGAAUUUGGCCCAAAAGAUAUGACUCAAUACUUUGUAGGAAUAUUUCUCAGUUUAUUUGGUGCAAUAUCAGGAACUAUGGUUUAUAUUGUUUGCAGAAAAAUAGGUAAAGAAUUACAUGUAUCAGUACACUCAUUUUUCUUUGCCGUAGUUACAGCUUUCGGGGGGUUUAUAGCACUAUCUUUUACUUCUUAUACAAUUGCACCUCUAGGAAUUAAGGACAUACUCUUAACUUCAUUAUGUGGGCUAUGCAGUUGGCUUUAGCAAGAGUGUAUGAGCAUGGCUCUCUAAAUUGAGAAGGGCGGAAGAAGUGCAUCAGUCAAUUAUUUAGUUGUAGUGAAUGCAUUUUUAGCUGAUGUUGCAAUAUUUGGUGAACCAGUUGUUUUCACUGAUAUACUUGGUGCACUCUGCAUAGUAUUUUUUACUUUCCUUAAUGCUUUUUUGAAAUGUUUUGGAUAAAGUAAAUGA